AACCAAACUACGUCAAAUCACCGGCCCCAUUCUACUAUCGACCAAAGCUAUCCCGAUAACGAAUAUUCCGACCAUAAAACCACCGCUUACUCUCCCGAAUUAAUCAAUACAACAUGGCCGACAUUGACAUGACCGAUGCGCCCAGCGCCUCUACGGUUGCCAAGAAGGGGCGCAAAGGCGGCGACGCCGACAGUAAGAACGAAGAGAAGAAACGUUUUGAGGUCAAGAAGUGGAAUGCCGUUGCUCUAUGGGCAUGGGAUAUCGUCGUCGACAACUGUGCUAUCUGCCGCAACCACAUCAUGGACCUAUGCAUCGAAUGCCAGGCGAAUCAAGCUUCCGCUGCUAGCGAGGAAUGCACUGUUGCUUGGGGCAUCUGCAACCAUGCGUUCCACUUCCACUGCAUCUCGCGAUGGCUCAAGGCACGCCAAGUAUGUCCGCUAGACAACCGAGACUGGGAGUUCCAGAAAUACGGUCGUUAGGAGGGGAAUAUUUACAUAGGCAACAUCGCGAAGGCAAAUUCGACCUCGAUCAUCAUGCCAUCCUAGUGCUGGAUGCAUUUGCCCGGAAUGAGACAAGGACAAUUCACAUCACAUACUUUGGCCACAUUUAUGGUGGUAGC